AUGGAUGCGGUGUGUGACGGGGUGCUGUGCCGCGUGGAGGUGCAGGGAUACGUGAUUUCCUGCAACCCGCUGGAGGGGGAGGCGAGGGAUGCGCGAGGGCGGGUAUUCACGCGUUCCGAAAUCACGCAGCUGCUGCGCUCGCGGCGGGAUGCAGGGGCAGUGAAGGUGGUUGUGGGCGCUACUACUCUCCUAAUGCGUUUUGUGGACUCGCGCGACCGGGAGAGGUUCAUCGGCCAGCUGCAGGGCAUGGAAGGCGCGGGCGGGGACACCGAACAGUGGGUGGCAUCCACCAUCUGCCAGACGGCCGUCGACCUCGGCCUGCUCGACGAGGCAGCGCUGGAGGCCCUCCUGCGAGAGGAGUUCCCACGCGGGGUGGCAGUGGCCUUCGACGCCGUCGGCUCCCUCGUCGACCCGAAGACCUUCCGACUCUGCCCCAUCACGGACCAGCUGGAGAGCGAUAUCUUUCGUCAGGUGCCGAUCCUUGCAAAGAUAUUUGUGCGCCGGGUGACUGACGAGGAGACGCGGCAACGCUUUUGGGAGGCGGUGGUGCGGAAGUACUUCUGCUUUUCACGCACCUUCCUGGAGGAGGAGAUGCGGGAGCUGGAGGCGGCGGAUACGGUCUCCUCCACCCUCGCCAGUGGAGAGGAAAGCCUUUCAGGCAUCAACGUCAUGUCGGGUCGGGCGCUGCCGAAGGUCAAGGCGUCUGCCGCGCAUGCAUUGACCCCUGCGGACGCACCGCCGACGGCGGGGACGCCGUCCCUUGCGCUUCUCUUCUGCGGGCGCCCGACCCCGCACCGCCGCGGCUGGAAGUACUGGCAGUGCGAGCUGCAGCACUCCUUGUGUGCAUUUAAGGGAGAGGUCGCCCACCCCGCCCCAGUUUCGCGGGUGCUACCAAAGGAGAGCACCAACCGGGAGACACUGGAGCUGCUCCGAAAGUUCUGGCGCAGGGACAAGCUUCAGAAGCGGGCGCUUCGGUCUAAACUGAAUAGCCUCAAAUUCACUGGCGGUGGCAUGUUGCAGCGCCAGUGUGUCCUGCGAGCGAGGGCGUUUCUGAGGCAACUGGACCUCGAGGGGGAGGAGGAAACGGAUGAGUAG